GUAAUGUUAUUCUUCAACAACUUGCCAUCACCCUUUUUAACAACAUGGAAAAGCAGCUAAAAUUGUGAGCUGAGGCUGUAUUCAGUUCACCAUUUCUACUUCCCAAAGCUAUCGUAUAAAAAUGGGCCACUUUUAGAUUUCACUUUUAAAAGAACCCCCUUUCUUUCACUUGUUUUGCAUUUAAGUAAUGGGAAAAGCUACAAGGUGGCUAAAGAGCUUAUUUGGGAUAAAGAACACCAAAGAAUGCCCAAGUUCCGGUGACCGGAAAGAUAAGAAACGGUGUAGCAUUGGCCAUUCAGGGCGGGAAUCAAGCGGCGGAUUAUGUCACAACCCUACAACGAUACCACCAAAUAUAUCACCGGCAGAGGUGGUUUGGCUGAGAUCAUUCUACAAUGAAACGGAGAAAGAGCAGAAUAAGCACGCAAUUGCGGUGGCAGCUGCCACGGCUGCUGCUGCAGAUGCCGCUGUCGCCGCCGCUCAGGCAGCUGUGGCGGUGGUGAGGCUUACGAGUCAUGGAAGAGGUACCAUGUUCGGCGGUGGUGGACAUGGAAAGUGGGCUGCCAUUAAGAUUCAAUCCGUUUUCAGAGGCUAUCUGGCUAAAAAAGCAUUACGAGCUUUGAAAGGAUUAGUGAAAAUUCAAGCACUUGUUAGAGGAUAUUUAGUGAGAAAACAAGCUUCAGCUACACUUCAUGGCAUGCAAGCAUUGAUAAGAGCACAAGCUACAAUCAGGUCCCAAAAAGCACGAAAAUCUAUGGAGAAAUUUGAUGAUACAAGGAGUGAACGCACUGUUUCUUUUCAUAGUAGAAGAUUAUCGGCUUCUCUUGAUACACUUAACAUUGAAGAAAGUCCCAAAAUUGUGGAGAUUGAUACAGGUAGACCUAAAUCGAGAUCCCGAAGAACCAACACAUCAGUAUCAGAUUUCGGUGACGACCCAUCAUUUCAAAUCCUGUCUUCUUCGGUUCCAGCUCGACUUCCGGCUCGUUUAUCUGUUCCGGAUAGUCACACUGAUUGGGGACUAACCGGAGAUGAAUGUAGGUUCUCAACAGCACAAAGUACACCUCGGUUCAUCAAUUGUUGUGUGUCUAAUGCACCGGUCACACCAGCCAAGAGUGUAUGUGCUGAUAACUUUUUUAGGCACUAUGGGAUUGGGAACUUGAAUUUCCCUAAUUACAUGGCUAACACACAAUCAUUCAAGGCUAAAUUGAGGUCACAUAGUGCCCCGAAACAAAGGCCGGAACCGGGACCAAAAAAGCGGCUUCCGUUGGUCGAAACGACGGAGUCUAGAAGUAGUUUGAGUGGUGUUAGGAUGCAAAGAUCAUGUUCACAAGCUCAAGAAGCUAUUAGUUUCAAGAAUGUAGUGAUGGGAAAACUUGAUAGAUAUUCCUUAGAAUUUGGUAGAGAUAGUGAAAGGACCUGUUUGCAAAGAAAACGGUGAUGUUGUGUAAGAAAAAAGGACUGCCUCUGCCAUGGUAGUGAACAAAGAUAGGUGAUGAAACAAGGUAAAUUGAAAAUUUUCCCAUAUGAAUUCAAAUCUCAGUGUUAUCUCAAGGAAUUUGCCUUAUUGUCAAUGAAAUUAAAUUCCAUUUGUAGUGGCAA